AUGGGUCCACCGCUUUUAAAGCGGCUCAAGGGUUAUUUAUUUGGAUUCUUGGUGUUUAUCACCUCGUUGAUGGGCAGCAUCUUUAUAUUGCUACCCUUCCUUCCGGUUGCCUAUUUGUCUCCAAUACAGUUUCGCUGGAUAGCAGACCGAGCCGUUGGCUAUUGGUUGACGUUUCCAGCGUCUUUACUAGAAUUUGUCUACGGCGUCAAGUUCCGGUUAGUCGGUGAUGUCAUUGAUCGACAGAAACCCGCUCUGAUUAUUAUGAACCAUCGAACAAGGUUAGAUUGGCUUUUCCUCUGGAAUGCUCUUUACAAAAUGGAUCCCUGGUUGCUAACAACGGAGAAAAUCACAUUGAAAAACGGACUCAAAAAGAUACCAGGAGCUGGUUGGGCGAUGAGUUGUGCGUCUUACAUCUUCCUGGAACGGAAUAUCGAAAAAGAUCGUGCGAAUAUGCACCAGUUGUUGAAGUAUUAUUCCGAGAGUGGGCAGAGCUAUCAGAUUUUACUGUUUCCGGAGGGCACUGACCGUGAUACAAGAAGCAUUGAAAUUAGCGACGCAUUUGCUGAAAAUAACCGGCUGCCUAAAUAUCUGUACACUCUGCACCCACGGACUACUGGUUUCACCGAAAUAUUGAAGCAAAUGAGAGAAAACCAAAGCAUCUCUUGCAUCUACGAUGUGACCAUCGCAUAUCCGGUCAAUAUCGUACAAAGUGAAAAGCAGAUGAUCACCGAAGGCGAUUUCCCAGAGCGAGUAGACUUUUGCUUCCGAAAGUACGAUAUCGAUGCGGUUCCCGAAGAAGACAAUCAAGCGAUCGAAUGGCUAAAUAAUCUCUGGAGACAAAAAGAGGCCACCUUGGAACGGUAUUACAAUGGAGAACGCCAAUUCAAGCCAGUUGUCGAGCAUAAUGUUUGGCCGGAAAAAACAACUGGCAUCGGCUAUACUGUAGCUUUUGGAUGGUGGGUCUUCAUCACCCUCUACUGGAUAAAUGCCACGUGGCAUUCAUUUUGGAUUAAAGCGUAUGUAGCCAUCGGGAUAGUCUUCUAUAUUUGGACCUUACGCGCAUGGAACGGCAUUGAAUUCCUACUAGCGCAUUGGUUCUUCGCGAAACAAGUGCGAGAGGGAAAAGAAAAA